AUGGCCGGCGCUGGUGCAAGUGAAAAUGACGGUACUUCAGUAGAGCCUUCCCCGGCAAAUACUGAGCAACAAAAAAAGGAAAUGUCCGUAGAACUGAAAAAAUCCCUACGUAAAGGUGAUACCUGGUAAGUUUAUUGUGACAGGCCAUGUUAAUUAAAGUUUAAAAUUACAUUCCAUUAGAAUUUGCCUUGUCAGGAGGGAAACGGAAGUGAAGUUGGUUUCUCCCGUGAGAUUAACUUUCUCUUUGUCAAGACUUAUCGUACAUUUGCACUAAUUUUGCUUCAGGGUACAGAUAAGUCAUUAUUCCUCUCGAUAUUUUUUCCAUUCGUCAACAGAGGGACGAUUUUUAAGUCGUCGUGAACGGGCCGGCGUGUGCUUGUUGAAAAAAAAAACGAGAAAAUUUGAUAAAAAGGGCAUAAAAACUUAGUUCUCUAGUGUCAGCAUAUGUUGCCAAGACAGUUGAAACAUGGGAGGGUCUACAGAUUACCCUGUUAUCCCAACCAUUCUAAUAUUUGGAUAGGUGCUCAUUCCUCUCUUUUUAAAUCUGUUUUUCCUUUUUAGUAAAAAAAGUAAUAUAACUGGCAGAGAUUCAGCAAGCUCUUCCACCUUCCCAGGGCUGUCACUAAGUGGCUGGGAGCUGGAAUUUUCCUAGGCUGAUAUUAGCAUGACCCAUUUGCACUAAUUUUGCUUCAGGGUACAGAUAAGUCAUUAUUCCUCUCGAUAUUUUUUCCAUUCGUCAACAGAGGGACGAUUUUUAAGUCGUCGUGAACGGGCCGGCGUGUGCUUGUUGAAAAAAAAACCCAGAAAAUUUGAUAAAAAGGGCAUAAAAACUUAUUUUGCUUCAGGGUACAGAUAAGUCAUUAUUCCUCUCGAUAUUUUUUCCAUUCGUCAACAGAGGGACGAUUUUUAAGUCGUCGUGAACGGGCCGGCGUGUGCUUGUUAAAAAAAAAAACAGAAAAUUUGAUAAAAAGGGCAUAAAAACUUAGUUCUCUAGUGUUAGCAUAUGUUGCCAAGACAGUUGAAACAUGGGAGGGUAUACAGAUUACUCUGUUAUCCCAACCAUUCUAAUAUUUGGAUAGGUGCUCAUUCCUUUCUCAUAAAUCUGUUUUUCCUUUUUAGUAAAAAAAGUAAUAUAACUGGCAUAGAUUCAGCAAGCUCUUCCACCUUCCCAGGGCUGUCACUAAGUGGCUGGGAGCUGGAAUUUUCCUAGGCUGAUAUGAGCAUGACCCUCCAAAUAAAUGUUGCAACAGUUUUUACAUUUAUGUGACAUGCCCGAGAGAGCAUGUUUCACAAUAAUUAAUCAGCAAUGAGAAAAGCAAGAUUUAUUUGUUGUUUUUCAAGGUAUCUUGUUGACUGUCACUGGUUUAAACAGUGGAAAAAGUUUGUUGGAUAUGAUAAAUGGGAUCAGUAUGGGGCUGGAGAAGAGAUCAACAAUCCUGGGCCUAUAGACAAUUCAAGCCUUUUGACUGGUAAGAACAAUUUUAACACUAUUCUCAAAAUAUUUUGACUUCACUGGUUGACAGUGAUACAUGUAACGGGCAAUUAUUUAUUUAUCCUUGGAAUACCAUGGCCAUAAAAGGAAAUUAGAGGGCUGAAAAAAACAAUGUACAUUCUGUAGUUUUGUAAAGUUUGUGUUCAAACAGAUGGAUCACAUUGUCCACUGGAUCAAAUUAUGGAUGUUUUUUGGAUAGUGCUAUCCAACAUUUGAUAACUGAGGUCUUGUGGUCUGCAUAUUUAUAUCAUCAUGAGCAGUGAGAUAAGAUGAAUCAGUAACUGAUUUCAUCCAGUGCUUUUUUAUGGUACAGUAUAUACCAUAAAUGUCUCCUCUAUCACUAGGUUUUACUUUCAGUUGAAAUAUACAUGAACCCUUUGGCAGGUGUGUCUAUGAAUACAAAAUUGAGCCAUUUAUGGGAUAUAUUAUGCCUUACGUUUUGAAGACAUUGCACAGUUAGUAUGUGUUCAUAUUUUCUGUGUUUGAAUAGUAGUAUGCAGCAUGUUUUAUAGUGUCCUGUCUAAGUAGGUGAAGCUCUACUUCCAAGGUGCUUAUAUGUCAUCAAAACUGACCAAGCCUAAGCUUUUUCAUCCACGUGCCCUUAUUCACUCACUGGGGUGCCUUUUUUAAACAUUUCAUUUUCUGUAGCUGAUGGAGUCACUUUAAAGGAACAUUUAAUAGAUGAACUGGAUUAUAACCUGUUACCUGAAGAAGCAUGGUUCAAGCUGGUGUCAUGGUAUGGAGUGUCAUCAGAUCAACAUGCUUUGCCAAGGAAAGUUGUUGAACAUGGGAUGUAUCUAAAAAGCUGUAAAGUGGAAGUGUAUCUUAUGGAGUUCAAACUAUCUCAGCACUCUGAUCCAGACACCCUAAUCCCAAAGAAGUUCAGCAAAGGGGAUACUGUUGGUGAGUCCUAAUUCUAAGUUCUUAUUUCUUUGAAACUUUAUUUUACUGGUCUUCGCAGAAAUCAUAUAAAGUUGAGAAUACCUUGUUGUUGAUUUUUAGACUUGUCCCUUGCUUACUGCAAUGUGUAAUGUGGAUAAAACUAAAGGAAUUAAAACAAGAAUAAAUAAUUACAUAUAUAAAUAAAAGAUGAAACUGAGCCACAAUUUUGACAAUAACUUAUUUACCAGAGAGGGGAUGCCUUGCCAGAAAGCUGUAAGGUCAAUAUCUUCUUUAUUAACUGUCUGUGAGGUGAAUAGUUAUUGGUUUUAAUAAAUGCAUAUGUUGCAGUUAAUUUUUUGUCUCGGGUAAUUUUUCUUUUUCUUUUGUUUUUGGGUAUGGUAAUGUAUGCUAAUAAAGUUGAAACUAAAGAAAAAUUAUAAAAUUACCCGAGAUAAAAAAUUAACUACAACAUUUAUUUUGCUUUUUAAAUCUAUAUGCAGGGUUAAAACAGAAUUUUCCUUGUCUCCUAUGAAUAAUUAGGGCUAGGCAACAAAGGAAAUUCUGAAUCAAAUCACCUGUAGGUUGAAUACUACUUGACUGUACAGGUGCACUCAGUCAGUUGAUAAAAGCUUCAGGACAUGCUCAACUUUUGACAAACAAGGAAGAAAACCUAUAUGUUCAACAAUAGUGACAUUGGUGGUAGUUAAAAACCUUCCUCCUUUUUCAAGUAGCAAACUAAAUGAGGUUAGAGAAUAAGUAAGAUUUUUAAAUGGAAUCUACAUACACUUUACAUUAAUAAAUUAUGUUGUUUGCACUCUACUAUUUAGGUCAUGUUAUGUCCGAAAUGAAGAAAGUUUUUAACAUCACAGAGGACACUGAAACAAGAUUGUGGAAUAAGUACAUGAGUAAUUCAUGUGAACUUCUUCCAAAUAUGGAGCAAACAGUACAGGAUGCUGGUCUUUAUCAGGGGCAGGUAAGGCAAAUGAUAACACGGUCAUUCUUGUCCCCAUAGUUGUAAUCCUUUUAACCAAUGCCAUGGAUCAAGCUCUUGGCCUGUGACACUAGCAUAGGAUUGCAGCUACAGAGAUGAGAAUGCAUUGCAGUUCAGUCUCUCAGUGAAUGGGCUUCCUGCGGGGAAGAUAGAUGCGUCUGCUUAGAUCUCUAACACGGCUGCGUAAUCUGUGAUGGCAAUUUUAACUUGUUUGCCAACAGCUAAGGACAAAGUAAGUGGCUAGGGAAGACUAAGUACUACAUGUACCAGCUAUCGAAAUAGCAACAUUUUUAAGGCAGACUUCUCCUUGUCGUAUUAAAAAAACCAUUUUUCUGGAAGCUUAUCUCCCUAUCAAGCUGUCUUCCAAGGUGGAUGCCAGCUCUUGUCUUGUCACAGAUGACCAUUCUCCAGCGACAGAAUAUUGUUUGUCUGUAGCCAUACUCUCUAAAGAAGGACAUGUGUCUAAAGCACUUAGCUGAAACUAAUCCCAUGGGUUUAGAGAGGGACUCCAUUGUUUAGUUAAUGUCUAUAACUUUGAAUGUGACUUCAACAUUCUGUUGAAUAUUUUGACAUACAGCUAUGGUGAAUUAACUAGAGUAUCUUCUUUUGCUGUGUUUCUAAGGUUCUUAUUAUAGAGAAGAAGAAUGAAGAUGGUACCUGGCCCCGACAAACAAAGCAAAGGUAGUUUACAGUGUUUUAAUAUGAUUUUGCUGGACCUGGCCGGGAAGGAAGUGAGACUAAAGUUCACCUUGCUAUGGAACAAAUCUUGGCAUGUUAUUAGCAUGAGAAAACAUGUCUAUCAUUUUUAAAGUAGACGGUUUUCUCAUUUUCAUUUCUUUAGCUUUUAAAAUUAUUGUAUUUCAGUGAAUGUUAUGUAAAUAAUAACAGUUGCUUUUAUUGUUGUUUUGUUUGCAGUUCGUACUCAACUUCAACGGUAAGUUUUUAUAUCUUACCUUUUUACCUGAGUAGUCAAUACUGUUCAUGGUAGAUCCUCCCUUAAACUGCAAAAUAAAUGAGCAGUCUGUUGACUAUAAUAUUGUUAUUACUAUGCCUCCAAUGGCUGAGCGGGAAUGUUUGAUAAGCAAGUUCUAUUUUCUCUUAAAAAAUCUUUCAUUGCAGGUGUUAAUUAUUAACUCUUUUAUCUGCAGAUUACAUCAAGUAGCUCACACAGCAGUCAGCCAUCAAGUUCUUAUGGGUGAGCAAAGUUGCCUUUUCAACUUUCUUAUAAAAUUAAUGAUUGAUAAAGCUUAGAAAAGUGCAUGUACCUGUUUACCCAAUUGCAAAGUAGAAAUUAUAGUUUAUUGCAAGAGCCAACCUAAAUGCAUUGUUUGUGGUGUCUUUGUAUUUAAGUGUAACCUAUAACAGAAAAGAACCUCUAAUAAACCUAAAAACAUAUGCAUCCUACACCUGUUUCAGAUAUGGUAGCAGUUACAGUUCAAGAAGUUCUUGGGGAUAUGAUGGGCGGAGGUCAAGCAGUUCUUUGCCAGGGCUAACAGGCCUUGGAAAUCUUGGAAAUACUUGUUUCAUGAACUCUGCUUUGCAGUGCUUAAGUAACUCAGUUCCAUUGACUCGAUACUUUUUGUCUGACAAGCACAAAGAGGAGCUGAAUCGUGAUAAUCCUUUAGGAAUGAGAGGUGAGAUAGCCAAUGCUUAUGCAGGGCUUUUACAUCAAAUGUGGAAAGACCAAUACAGCUCUGUGGCACCUCGACAAUUCAAGACGCAGGUUGGACGCUUUGCGCCACAGUUUUCUGGUUACCAGCAACAGGACUCCCAGGAACUUCUUGCAUUUUUGCUGGAUGGACUUCAUGAGGAUUUAAACCGGGUAAAAAAGAAGCCAUAUGUGGAGAUGAAAGAUGCAGAUGGUAGGCCUGAUGAAGUGAGUUUCUUAUACACUUGUUAGAGAUCUUUAAGUCUUAGUUCAAACAUUGAACGUUUCCUGUGUGGAACUUAAUACCUAUUUAGGUUGACCGCAAUGAUGAAAGUUUGACGGUGGAUUCAAACGUCAAACUUAAAUCAGGUUGGACUUGAUUUUUUUUCACAAUGUACAUUUGUCUACAAUGCUUGCCAGUGAAAAUAAAAUUAAGUAUAGAAAUUAUGCAUUAGUUUAGGCACAUGAGAAGUUCAAUAUUUGAAAUGAAGUCGCUCCACAGUCAAAAUUCACGUCUGGGCCACUCGAUCUUAAUUCUUGGGUUGACCCAAAUUAGAUAUGUUGGACUAAUUUGAUUCGAAUGUCGAUUUCUUAAAGUACUUGAGGAUUAGGUUUGGUACAUAGAAAGGUCCGUGUUUGAAUUGGGCCUAAGAUACCUUCUACUAAGUGUGGUUUUCUGGGUGAAACUAAUAUUAAUUAUUUUCAUAUAUGUUGUCAUUUCAAGUUGUUUUAGAGGAACAGUAAACUCUCUCUUAAUGGAUAGGGGUUCAGUAAGGGGGUUUGGAGGGGUUAGGAGUGGUGAAGACCUCUAAGGUGAAAUCAGACAUUAAAAGGUUGGUCCAUACAGUUCUUCACUCAUUUUCUCUGGCCCUCUGUGCAGCAGAUAUCUUUAUAAGUUAUGGGGUCCACCUUAAAGACCAAGAUUACUAUAUAAUUAUCUCCUGCCUGUUGACUGUAGCCUCAAAACUCUGGGCCAAGAAAAGAAUUACAUUUAACUAAUUUCAAAAUUAUCUUCAGUAGUCACAAAGAUUUUUUUUACAUUUUAGGUUGUUGCUAAAGAGUCUUGGCAAAAUCACUUACAAAGAAACAACUCUAUCAUUGUGGACAUAUUUCAUGGACUUUUCAAGUCCACUCUGGUUUGUCCUGAUUGUAGUAAGGUCAGUAUGCCUACUGGUAUGUUUUUUAAAACGUUUAGUAACAAAAUAUUUUUUCUUUCCUUGGCAUGCUCAUGAUUGAUUGUAAUCUAUAUUAAACAGCAAAUAAUAUAUUUUAUAUUAGAUGAUAUUAUAUUAAUAUACUGUUGGAUAUAUUAAGCACCUCAUUGAUCCCUCCCAGGUGUCAGUGACGUUUGAUCCAUUCUGCUACCUUUCUUUACCGCUGCCAGUCAAAAAGGAGAGGAAUCUUGAUAUAUUUCUGGUGCGAAGUGAUCCUCUUCGGAAACCCAUACUGGUGAGUAUAAAAUUAACAUUCAUAUAAUUUAUUAUGCUGCUUUUCAUUAGUAUUAUCAUUACACAUUCAAAUAGACCUUUUUACCAAUACAGCAGCCAUAUUGAAUUAAUUGGAUUUAAGGAAUAUUAUAGGAUGCCCAGGGGGCUACUCGAAUCAGUAUUUACGCCCGUUUUAUGGGCCGAUUUUUCUUAAAGUUUUCCUAGAAAAAAAUUGUAAUGGAAAAAAUAGAUUGUUGUGCCUUGUUUGGAUGUAAUGAUGAUCACCUUUUUGCCAAGAAAUAUAUAUUGAAGUUCUCUUUUUGCCCGAAAAGCACGCAUAAAUGCUAAGCGAGUGCCCCCUGGGCAUUCCAUAAUACUCCUUAAAUCUAAUAAAUUCAAUAUGGCCACCGUAUUAGUAAAAGGUCUAUUAUGUCUUAUUACAAUACACUAAGUCAUUCCUAUGGAUUGUCAUAUCUAUUUUGUUUCUGUUGCAGUACAAAUUGACGGUGCCGAAGAUGGGAAAUAUUGCUGAUUUACUUGCUAUUCUCUCAAAGGAAACAAACAUUCCCAAGGAAAAGGUUGUGUAACUUGAUUUACACACUCACAAAUGCACUCAUAUCCAAAAAAAAUAAACACAAAACCAUAACCAAACAAAACACAGCGAUGGCUAAUCUAAUGCUAAUGUGGAAGUUUCAUUUUAACUAGUUUGUUAAGUAAGUGUGUUGUCAAAAUCCUGUGUUGUGACAUUCAAGGUAAAAAGAUAUUUAACGAACUUGAAGUGCUUGGAAAAAUUUGUGAGGAAAUCAUAAAUAUACAAUUUUGUUGUUGGAAAGUAUCACCGAUACUCACCCAUAUUCAGAAAGCUCAUGCAACUUCUGUUGUCUGUUUGUUUCACAGAUGGUAGUAACAGAUGUGUACAAUCACAGGUUUCAUAAAGUGUUUACUCUCAAUGAGUCACUGACUCAGAUUCUUGACAGAGAUGACAUCUUUGUGUAAGUGGUACAUGUAGUAUAACUUACUCUUUGUAACCAUGUUGGAGUAAAAGUGAUCAGUGUUCCAGUUAAGAGGCAGGUCUCGGGUCAAUGAGAUGAUAUAAGUGUUAAGUUAAAUAUAACGAACAAAAUUAGCAUGUCGUCUUGGUGAACCCUCAGUUGGUCUACAAGACCCAAUUGUGCUUUAACACAAUCAAAAAUACAACAAGUACAACACUGAUAUGUGAACUGUAGCCUGCUGUUCAUUCAGCAGAGACCUUUUCAGCUGUUGCUUCUCCGCCAAGAAAUGUUGAUGGAGCAGAUGAGAGAAAAGUGAUCUUUACGGUGUUUUAAUGAACUAGGGUAUUGAAGAAGAGCCACAUUAGUUUUUCAAGAGAUUUUUUAACUGCUUAAUUUGGUCACGUAGCUAUGAGGGUGGCAUUUCUUUUUUGUCACUAUUGAUAGAAACAAAGGAAGUUUAAUUAUUGUGCAAAAAAGGCCUAAGCAAGUAUAUAGUACAAUAUUAGGAAACCAUGGUUGUAAUGCUUUGUUAUAUUACAGUUAUGAGCUGCUGCAUAGCAAAACUGAAGAUGACAGUGAUGAAUAUAUUACCCUCCCUGUUUACCAAAGAGAGAAAAGGUAUGUUUCCACAACUUAACUUGCCUUGCUGGUUAAACAUUUACAUUCAUGUGCAUCUGUCAAUUCUGGUAAUGCCACCAUCCGUAUUGUUUUUUAGCAAUAUCCCCCACCCUCAACACCUAUUUGUAUCUUCUUGUACUUUUACUUGUGAAAAAAAUAACACUUUGGAAAACUAUCAUUUUAGACUAAGAUAUGAGGCUUACAUGAGGACACAACUGAGGAGAGAGGAAACUCUUGUUGCCCUUGCACCUCUCGUUCCUCUCUCCUGGUAUAUGAUAAACUUGUAAGGCUUAUCUUUCACGUAGCAGUUUGUAAACAGGCUGUCCAAGGCCAAUUUUGAGGUAUAACUCUGUUUCUCCUUCUCCUUCUCCGUUUCCUCUUGGCAGAGCGAGACUGUCUGGCUAUAGCUAUUCAAGUUCUGGUAAAACACUGUUUGGACUCCCACUGAUGGUGUCUGUUCCAAGGAAUAACUUGACUUACAAGAGAUUGUACAAUUUCUUAUUGGACAGAUUGAGGUAAGUUAUUGACACAAACAUGUCAUUACAAAGAAAAAAAAGUCAGUGAAUGUACAGCGUUACAAUUCACCCUGUUUUGCCAGCUAUAAGAUACUGUAAGGACAAGUUAGAUUCUCAACUUUGUAAACCAUGCAUAACACUUCUCCGGUCUUAUCAGUAUCGGUUUUUGUUCCACUGGCUUUCCUCCUCUUUGUUUUUUUACGUACAUUUCAAGGUCAUUAAGUUAAAAUACUCAUGAAAGACACCAUUCUCAACAAAAUGGGACUGGCAAUGUUGUUCAAGAGGUAAACACAUUUUUCACCGCUUAAUUAGGUAGCAUUGGGUAAGUUUCAUGAGUUUUUUUUGGCUCAAUUAAGAUUUCUGGAAAAGUGCCCACCUACCCCUCCCCUAAGUCAACAUUAACACUUACCUCUCACUUAGGGCAAAAUUGUGACUUGGGGGAGGGGUAGGCGAGCAGUUACAUAGAAACCUAAAUAGAUUACUUUUUUUCUUCAGACGCUUUAUUUCGUUACCUGAGGAGGAAGCUGAAAAGGGAUGUAAAAAGGAAGAAAAUGGCGGGGAUGGUAAGUACUGCACGUGCAUCUGCUUUCCAGUUGUUCAAAUGUAAUGGAGCUCUUUUAAUUUAAAAAAAGACAAAACUGACAUAUCAAAAUAAUAAUCCAAACUGUAAAGAUCUGUUUUCGUGUUUUAAGAUGUUGAGAUGAAUGAAGAUUGUGGUGAAAAUGAGGAUUCUGAGGAAAGAGAACUGGAAAAGGCCUACCAAAAUGUUCAUGUCAAUGUAAGUAAAAAACAGUGAACACAGUUAAAUAUUCCUAGUAAUAUUCUCUCACAACAAAUCAAAACAGAAUACAAAUUAAUGUCCUACAUGCCGUUUCUAAUACGAUUCUCGUUUAAGUGGUAAUUAAUGAUCUCAGUGCUCAUUCUAGUCCCUGAAAAUCACUGUAAGAGGUACUGUAGUUUUUAUGUGGGUUCCUUCCCUUAGACGUACUUUUACUUAUUGUUUUGUUUCUUACGUUUUUUUCUGCAGAGUGAUGAAAAUGAAGAUGAUAAUGUUGAUACACAGAAUGGCGACCACGACAGUUCAAAUCAAAAGAGCAAAGUGAACACAGAGUGUAAAGGAAAAACAAAAAACCCGCUCUUCAACUUGACUCUUGUAAACUCAUACGGCAGUGCUGAUAUCCAGGCCUUGCAAGAUGAUGACAAGAUUCUUAAACUUACAGGUUAGGAAGAGAAGCUCGAUGCGCAAGUGAGUGCUUUUCGCAAUCUUCAAGUGUUUAACCUUGAUGUUCAAUCCUACAAUCACUGUGCGUUAAUUCAGUACGCCAGCUAAGUUUCCUUUGAUACCUUUUGAUGUGUCAGUAUUCAGCGGUUUUCAUUUUUGGAUGCUUUGGUUAGUGAAAGCGGUAAUUAACUUGUGUUUGUCUGAUUUAAAGGACGCUGCUUCCUCGCUCUUGACUGGGAUUCAAAAGUGAAGGACAAGUAUUAUGAUGAAAAACUGGCAGAGGUGACUAUCUUUUGGUUUAUUUAAUCUCAGUUGUAACGGAGUUCUAGGGGCCAUCACUUGUCACAUCACGCAACCCUCAUAAUUAUACUGUCAAGAGGUCCUGCCAAGGGGGUGGGGGGUUGAGGAGUGCUACGUCGCUCGUCUGAAUUUUAAAACGUCUCGUGUCUGUGUUUAUAAAUGCUUCACGUCGCUGUUGGAAAUUGAACGAAAGUUCUUUGUCUUUGUCGGAAUUUUGGGAAACUAAUGCCUAAAAUGUUCAUUUUGUGCAUGGAAUCUUGAAAGGUUGUUAUUUAGGUAUAGAUUUUUAAUGAAACGGCAUUAUUUAACUUUUCCUUUGUAAGAUUAAAAUAUUUAAUUUGUAUUUUCAUUCUCAAGAGAAAUUAAAUGGUUAAAUAAUUAGUCUCAGACGACAAUGUGUGUGAAAACAUCUCUCUUCUAUCAAAUAGUGUAACUAAUCAAAUGGCUGUCUUUCAAGGGAACCCGUUGUAAUUUUGGUUGUUUUCUUCUUUCGAAGGAAACUGAAGAACAUGAAAGCGUGAACAGGAAACCAGCACAGAAGAAGAAUUGUGUUGGUUUAAAUGACUGCAUUGAGCUCUUUUUAUCCAAAGAAAAACUUGGUGCAAAUGAUCCAUGGUAAGCCGGGUUCAACUGCUAUGAUGAUCUGUCUCAGAUUCACUGGUAUUUUAAGGGAACCACAUAUGUGUUUGUCUACAAAACCAGCGGAGAUGAUCCAGUUCGUGUGACCGCACGAUCACUACAGCAAACAAACUAGACUAGUGAAGAAAGAAAAAUUGUUUGAUCAAAUUUAUAGAACGGAAGCAAAGCCAGAUCUUUUUGUUAGAGUACAGUCUCUUAACGGAUCCCUCUAUAAGAUGGACACGUGGUGUAAGUCCCAAUCCUGCCGUUUUUCUGGUCAUUUUGCUGUAAUUUACGUCCUUUUAUGCUGGACACCUCUAUAAGCUUGUUAAAGAAGGACAUUAAGGGAUGGCCCCUCGCCAUGGUGUUUUCUGUCUCAGGCUUAGCUGACUGUGGUUUGUAUUUGAAGUAACCCACUGUUGAACAAGGCAGGCGUUAAAUUUAGUCCAUGGUUUAAUGUUAUUUUCCUUCGUUUUUCUUGGGUAUGAUUGAAACAGUAGAAAAUAAGAUUUAAACCCAGGAUAAAACUGAACGCAACAUUUAUUAUUCAGGUACUGUCCGUCGUGCAAAAAACAUCAACAAGCUACCAAGAAGUUUGAUCUUUGGUCGCUUCCUAAAAUCCUUGUUGUUCACCUCAAACGGUUCUCUUAUAACAGGUUAGUAUCAUGGUGUCUUAAUAUGAGUUUGAGUCUAGUGAAACCGAACAGGCUCUCCGUACUCCGCAGGGGCUCCCGUUGGGUAUUCCAAUAAAAAAUAGAAUAAUAAAAAAAUAUAUGCGCGCGCCAACAUCGUCCCCCGCGCGCUUUUAUUUCUCCCCCUCCCCAGCCUCCCUACGACACAAAAAGUCCCGCUCCGUGGAGACUGAGGAGAGGUACAGGCUGCUAGAAAAUAGAGAAAACGGGAAAUCUAAGACAGUCCAUGGGUUGGGCACGUGGUUCGGACCUUUAAUUAUUGCUGUUGCCGCGUUAUCGUCAAAUAACCUACAAACACUGAUUAAAAAUACCUUGAAAGCCUGGUCAUUUUGAUCACUCUGAUAUUGUCAUUUAAUUUUUAAGUAAUUGUAAAUCGUGAUGAAAGAUGAAUAUUUUCUCGUUGAGUUGUGUAAUAGUUAGGUCAGAUUUACAGUUUUGCUUUUUCUUUUUCUCAAAAGCUUCUGGAGAGAUAAGUUGGACACACUGGUAAAUGUUCCUUUAAGGUGCGUUAUGUUACUUCCUGUUCUUCCCGCUAUUUUAACAUAUGUAUAAAUUUUUUAGAACUUUGCAUUGUGUCAUUCUUGAAAAAAUGGGAGGCAAGAAAUUACGAUGUCUUGAGGUUGCGACAUUGUUUCUACAUUGCAGCGCUGUGCUGCGCUUAAAAAAGACGUUGCAAAUCGUCUCAUGUACAUCACCUUUACUUCUUGGACAAGGUGGACAAACACAGUGGUUAUACAUUUCAUUACAUGUUACGCCGCUCUUCCUGUUGGCUAUAACAGUAAAAUUUACUUUAGUUGACACUGGUAAUUCCCAUUAAUUUAAAUUCAAUUUGCCAGAUUUCUGGCUCGUUAUUCCUAUGAGGCAUCCUUUGACUGAUUGUUACAGGAAUCUCUGACUGUUGAGAAGAUGGCAGGGAGUAGAGGAGAGGAGACAUGUCCUCGUCCGUCCACCAGUGCGUAGAUAUACAAGAGCGGCGGCUACGAUCAACGAUGAAUAUUGCAAUUUGUCACCAAAAUAACAAUUGGAACUGGUGUUGAGUCAUUUCCUUUAAUUUCAGGAACUUUGAUAUGUCGGAUUAUGUAAUUAACAAGGAUCAGCCGCGUCCAGUUUACAAUCUGAUUGCAGUUUCAGUAAGUAGUAUGGCUUUUUUAAUUUCCCGCUUCAGAAACUCGACGGAGAAUGGGUACAAGCUUUGUGUGCAGUGAUUUCUGGGAUUGUUUGAGCGCUUUUUUCUUUUUAUUUUGCUGAAGAGAAAACAAAGCCCUUUGUAUUGUGUAAAUCAUGGUUGAAGGGAAAGUUUCCUGCUUGUGUUAUGACGAUCAGACUCAUAGCUGUACCAGUUUCCCCUUUUUCCCUUCCUCCCUAUCCCCUACCCCCUACCCCUUUCCACGCCUGCUACGCAGGCUACGAAUCUAGCGCGAAGGCGUGUCCUUUAAUGACCUUGUUACUACUGAGUUAAAAUGUCGAGGAUGGGUUUCAGAUAAGUGUCGCUCAUUCCUUUGUUUGUGGCUGGUUAAAGUCCCGCCGUUUUUUCAGCCAAUGCGCAAUUCAUUCAUCGUUCUGUCCGCAAUCGAUUUUUUGGCCAAGAUAAAUAACUUCAUUUGAUUUGUCGACCCAUAAGCUAACGCCAGCGUUCCUUUAAUUCCAAUUUGUUCCGAUUUUUCUUGCUUUUACAGAACCACUAUGGCGGCAUGGGAGGAGGACAUUGUAAGUAGUUUGUUAUGGUUCACUGGUAGUUGCUCUAUAUAUUGUAUGUGGGCUUACUUCCGUUUAGUGUAAAAUGACCUAUUACUACAUGUUAUAUUGUCGCAGCAACUGAACCUUUUACUCCUUGGUUUUACAGACACUGCCUAUGCUAAAAACUGUAAAGAUGGAAGAUGGUACUCCUUUGAUGAUAGCUCAGUGUCUUCGGUGGACGAAGGACAAGUGGUUGUAAGUCUGUCCGCUGUUGUCUGUUUGUAGAGCGCGAUGUUCGGCGACUUACACCGAGUUUUAGGGACCUCUAGCAGCCCAAAUGUCCCGUCCGUAUUUCGGUCGCACGGGGACUAAGCUGCUCUGGGUGCGAAAAUGUUAUAACCAAUUUAACAACUGCGUCGCUUAGUGGAGGUGGGUGCCUGGGAUGUCCAAGACAGAGAAACGCUGUACUGAGCACAUGGAGUUAGUGCAAGAAAGGCUGACUGCGCUUGAGCCAAACCGGCGACUGACCGCUGACCACGUCCUCGCUCCUUGUUGUUAACAACUUCAUGAAACAGAAUGAGUUUGAAUGAAUGAAUCACUUUUAUUUCAAUACGGUAGUUUCAGUUCAGUGUCCAAGAUUGGUUUAACAUUGCUAGGCUUUUUGAAUGGAAAAAAAUUCUUGCGUUACAUUUUUAACAGUCCCUGUACCUGUUCACCCGGUCUUGACGCCGGAUCGGCAUCCGUUCUUUGUGUCGUCACGCAACGCCUCUUCUCAUAUGAGUUGUGUCACGAUACAAAGAAUGGCUGUAAGAGCAUAGAUAGCCAGUGUAGCUGCUGGCGGCAUUAUUAUGCUUGGGAUACUUUCUUGCUGCAAGUGAAAUCAGUUAACUAGUUCCCAAUUUUCGCGCAGCUCCGCAGAUUAUGAAACUUGUUUUUAGUCUGAAUCUCAGCAACUUUUGUUUUUAUUGUUUCAGUCUAAAGCUGCCUAUGUUCUUUUUUACGAGCGACAAGAGCCUGCUGACGAGGAGAGGAUGGAAGAAAAAGACAAUGAGCAGAACCUUGAUGAGGAUGUGGACAUGACUCACGAUGGACAAUAAUGAAUUCUUUUACUUACGAGAGCAAAAAAAAUAGAUUAUAACUACUAAAUUGUCUUUAUCCAGUUAUUUUACUUGAAACAAACUAGCCAAACGAAAGAGCUGCAUAUGCUCUUAUUUUGGGUUUCGCUCAGUAACUCGAAAUAUGAAUAACUUUGUAAAGUAAGUAAACACUACCACUAGAAAGUAGGGCUCGGUAGCUUUCAUUCGAAUGCUCAUACUUAGUCCGUAGACUCGAUGGUUAAAAGUACCGGUACUUUGUACAGCAUAAUAAGUAAUUCAGCUACAGGAAAAUACCGCUCAGUGACUUUCAUUAGUGACCUUUUUAGAUUUUGUAAAAGCGGAGAUUAUAUUUUUGGUUAGGAGAAGUUAAUUACUGCACAUAUUCAGUGACAAACUCCAAACUUGCGCCUUAUUACUGAUACUGAUUUUGAACAGGUCAGCGUGGACAACUAUGUAACUAAUCGAACUGUUAAUUAUUUUAGCAAAACAGCCAAGCACUUGCCCGAAAUGUGUUGGUUAAGGUGAACCUUGCUAGCAUUCCACUCUUUUGAGCGCACGCAAUGAAAUGAGGUCAAGGCUUGGAUGGACAAUUUCUUAGGAAUCAUUAGCGUAUUUUGUCAACCAGGUUCUCGCGUUGGUGCGUUUAUCAUGUGAAUGAAAAAUGUUGAUUGCCCAGGAAGGAACUAAAUCACAUCUAUCUAAACCAGAUUCAGUGACCAGUGGCUGCAGUGGAAACAAGGCAUUGGUACUGUAAGGAUGCUCAUUCCCGCAGGAUCACAAUUCUGGUUUCAGUCGAUGUUAUCAAGUGUUUUCCUAUUCUCCAGCCAGUGUUCAAAGAAACAUAGUAGAUAUGCUGAAAGUAAG